AUGGCUGCGAUGGGUAGUGGACGAGGGACGAUGGAUUCUCAAAAUCAAGUGCAAAGUGAUAAUAUAGACCGUUUGAAAUUGCUUUAUCCCAAUGUGAAUGAAGAUGAGACACCACUGCCCAGGUCAUGGAGCACUAAGGACAAAUUUAGCUACAUCGGAUUGUCGCAAAAUAAUCUUCGAGUGCACUACAAAGGUCACGGCAAGACGCACAAGGACGCGGCCAGCGUGCGCGCCACGCACCCGAUCCCCGCCGCGUGCGGCCUCUACUACUUCGAGGUGCGCAUCGUGUCCAAAGGCCGCGACGGGUACAUGGGCAUCGGGCUGUCGGCGCACGGCGUCAACAUGAACAGACUGCCCGGCUGGGACAAACACUCGUACGGUUACCACGGCGACGACGGGCACUCGUUCUGCUCCUCGGGCACGGGCCAGCCGUACGGGCCGACCUUCACGACCGGUGACGUCAUCGGCUGCGGAGUGAACCUCGUCGACAACACCUGUUUCUACACGAAGAACGGCCACCACCUCGGCAUCGCUUUCAGGGGACUACCGGUGCGUGUGAUGCCCAACUUAUACCCGACGGUCGGCUUACAAACACCCGGGGAGGUCGUGGACGCGAAUUUCGGUCAACAGCCUUUCGUCUUCGACAUCGAGGACAUGUUGCGGGAGCUCCGGGCGCGGACUCGACUCGCGAUCGACGAGUUCCCUCUACCGGACGAGCAGGGUCAAUGGCAGCAGGUCUUACACAGAAUGGUUUCGACGUACUUGGUGCACCACGGUUACUGCAGCACAGCACAGGCCUUCUCUCGAGCCACCGGGGAACACAUUCACGAAGAUAUCACAUCUAUCAAGAAUAGACAACGGAUAUCGAAGCUAGUGAUGAGCGGUCGCAUCGGCGAGGCGAUAGAAAGCACGCGAAGGCUCUACCCCGGCCUCUUGGAGCGAGACGCCGACCUCCUCUUCCUCCUCAAGUGCCGUCAGUUCGUCGAAAUGGUCAACGGGACCGACUCGGAGAUGUGCGGCGGCGGCGGCGGCUGCUUGUCCCACAACGGCGUCGCGACCUCUGUCAUUUCGCACACGUCGCGUGCGCACUCACCUGUGCCCCCGGACACACACCAUACACAUAACGGCCUCCACACCAACGGAGUGACGGAUAUAUCUGAGCAGAAGCAGAACUGUGACGUAGAUAUGACCCCCGAGCCCGUCGCGCCCCUCAAUCCCUGUGCCGCGCCCACUGCCCCCUCGACCGGUGCCCCGAACGGGGCACACGACGGUUCGGAGCCAGUGAAGGGCAUGCCGGGCGUGACGGCGUGCGUCGCCGCGCUCUUGUCGCCGCGAAAGUUCGAAGGUGAGGGAUGCCGUGCCUCCGUCGAGCGGAUGUUGGCUUUCGGCCGCGAGCUGUACGCCAUGAGCCAGAAACUCUCUCAGGACCAUUAUCACAAGUCAAUGCUAGAGGAUGCAUUUAGCCUCUUAGCGUACAGCAAUCCGUGGGACAGUCCCCUCGGGUGGCAGCUAGAGCCGGUGCGCCGGGAAGCUGUCUGCGAAGCGCUUAACUCCGCUAUUCUAGAAUUUCAGGGCAUGCAGUGGGUGUCCCCGGUGGAGGCGUGCGUGUCCCACUCGCGCGAGCUGCUGAAGCGCAUGGCGCGGGCGUCGCUCGGCGCGUGCGCAUUCGCGGACCUGCCCGACCGCGCGACCUCGAACGAUCGCUCGGGUGCUCCUCGCUCUCUGGUUCUGCGGGAUCCUAAAAGCGGUGGGGAUGCGGGUUCUGUAGCUCAGGUCGGGCACACUGACACGUUUGCUGUGAAGGCGAUUCACUCGUACUACUGGGGACGAGGAUCUUGCGUCGCCCAGAGCUAG